AUGGAUCAGCCUCCAAAUGACGACAGUUCUCCUAAGUUACUACACGUAAUCAAGAAACGAUCAGGCAACGCCAACCAAGAUCUCCCCGCUCUCCCAGAAGAUCGUGAAUUUGAACCCGGCCAAAAUGCGGACACUUCAAUGAUGACCGGUUCUGAUCGCUCCCAUCAAUCUCUUGACACCUCCAUGAAUCAGAAAAAAAGUUGUUUCACCGUUCUCCGACCACCAAGAUGCCUCAGGCAUGCACUUAAUUGGCUCUACAGAACAACUGGUGGGGUUGUCACUUACAUAGCCUUUUUCCUCCUCAUCUACAUGCUUCUAUGGAUAUUCACUGAUAAGGAGGCCCUACCGCCUUCGUGCUAUGAUUAUACUGGUGUGAUUGAGUCGGAUAGAGAAGACGGUAAAGUGGCGGUGUGCUUUGGUGGGAAGACACUCUCAAUCACUCUCUUCUAUGCGUUCGCUUUCGCUGUCGGAGAGGCCAUAGAAUUUAUAAAGAUUCCAGGACUUGCAGGUGAGUCGCCGAUUGCCUCAGCUCAAUUUAGAUUAGGUUUUGGAACAUCUUUGCCGAGAUGUGUCGUGCUUCGACUCCUAGUUAUUAUGUGUAAACUAAGCUCAUGUAAAUUCUAUUGCAGAGAAAAUGCGAUUAGGUGGUUUAUAGAUCAAGGACAGUGA